AGGCAGAGAGGCAUGUUCAUGGAAAGCACAGAUCACUGGAGCUCAGUGACAAUUCAAAGUUGAGUGAGGAACGAUUCUGGCGCUCAAAACUCAACUUGUUAAGGACCAUUGCACGGCUUAGAAAACACUGAAGAUAAAGGAAUGGCGGUCACUAAUUUCCACUACAUAACCCGGAUGAGCAGUGGCUUCAAAGUGUACAUCUUAGAGGGACAGCCCAAUCUGAGAAGUGAAGACAGAUUUCGCCACAUGACGAGCGACAGGGUGCGGAUGCGCCCUGCACAUCCGAUGAAGCGCAAAAUCAGUUCAGAGAGAGGACGGACACUUGAGGAGAGAAGAGGGAGGGCCAUUCGAAACAGCCUGGCCAACGGUGCCCGCAGAUCAUCUGGGUUCAGUAUUCCUGAAAGCCCCACAUCUACAUGGAGCCCAACGCCCAGCCCCACUUACCUGAUCCCCAGCCCAGUGUACUCCACCCCAGUCAUGGACGAGCCUCUAGCCCUAAUCAAGAAACCACGCCCAGAACCAGAGAAAGCAGAAAGCCAAAACAAAGCCACACCAGUCAAACAAAUACAGAUACGGCCAUCUGUCAUCACUUGCGUUUCCUCUGCAACAAGGUCAACCAAAAAAGACUGCUGCGAUCACUCCACUGUUGUUACCCAGCACAGUUAUGAUCAUGUUGAAGAGCAUUUCCAGAGGAGUCUCGGGAUGAACUACCACAGAGCCGCCUCCAUCAGCGUGUCUGUGGAUGACCACUUUGCCAAAGCGCUGGGUGAUAAAUGGCUCCAGCUCAAAGCUUCAUCCUCUUCCUGCCAUUCAUCCUCUUCUUCGUCGUCUUCUUCAUCUCCACCCAGCAGUCCAACCUUCAUCCACUCACCUGGCAACUGCCAGAGUCCCAAAAGGGCCCGCAAAGAUUCAAUCAGUCAUUCCACAACCACACCCAACUUAUGGUCUGAGAAAUGAAGAAGGAAAAAAUAAAUUUAAAUGUACAUAUGACCAAACGGACUUAAAAUGCAUGUGUAGGCCCAUGUGUUUCUGCUGUAAAAAGCAAAAGGGAGACUGUUCAAUUGUGUUGCAAUGGCUGUUAACACUCGAUGAGCAAAUUAGGGAUUGUUAAAUUGUCUUUUAAAGGGAGAUAUUCAGUGUCUGACCAUUUUCGGAUCAUUUCAUGGUAGCUAAGCAUUGUUGGAGUUGGCUUUGUCAUUGGUUUUGUGGGUGCCACUGGUUUUUAUUUGUUGACUGUGAUUGCACUGAUUAUUGCUAAUAACAUUUCAUUGUCUGUUGAAAGCUUUCUUCUUAUAAUAUGUGCAUAUUUAUAUUAGACAGUGUUCCGAAAUCUUGUGGAGCACUGAGCAAAACAGACCAAAACUUACUAGGUCAGAAAGUUUCAUGUUUUAGUAGAAAACAAACGCUUGAGAAAAGAGGUGGGUAACUUUUUGGCAUCUCUAUAUGGGCUAUUGCUGUUCAUUUCAAUCCCAGUGUAAAUUUCAAGCUUUUUAUAUUAUUGUACAUAUUUGUAAUAAACACAUUUUUUUAAA